GCGGGCGGGCGCCGCAGCAAGUGGGAUCAGCCCGGCCCGGCGCCUAAUUUCCUGCUGGCCGGCACGGCGCCGCUGCCCGGGCGGCCGUUCCCCGGUGGGGGCGGCGAUGGCGGCGCCGCCGUGGCCGGGUCCGAGAGCUCGGCGGCGCCCUCGGGCGCUGGAUGCGGCCGCGGCCGUGGCGGCGAAGAUCAACGCGAUGCUGAUGGCCAAAGGGAAGCUGAAGCCGGCGCCCAGCACGGCGGACAAGCUGCAGGCCCUGGGGAAAGGCCCGGCCACGAGCAAGAGCAAGGAUGACCUGGUGGUGGCCGAGGUGGAGAUCAACGACGUCCCCCUGACGUGCAGGAACCUGCUGACCAGGGGCCAGACCCAGGACGAGAUCAGUCGUUUGAGUGGAGCAGCUGUCUCCACCCGUGGGAGGUUCAUGACUGCAGAAGAGAAAGCCAAAGUGGGACCUGGAGAUCGUCCUUUGUAUCUUCAUGUUCAGGGGCAGACACGGGAGUUGGUUGACAGAGCUGUGAACAGAAUCAAGGAGAUCAUCACCAACGGGGUGGUGAAGGCAGCCACGGGCUCCAGCCCCACGUUCAACGGCGCCACGGUCACCGUGUACCACCAGCCAGCCCCCCUGGCCCAGAUGAGCCCAGCUGUUGGCCAGAAGCCUGCUUUCCAGUCAGGGAUGCAUUAUGUGCAGGACAAGCUGUUUGUGGGGCUGGAGCACGCUGUUCCCACGUUCAGUGUGAAGGAGAAGGUGGAGGGGCCUGGCUGCUCCUACCUGCAGCACAUCCAGAUUGAAACCGGUGCCAAAGUCUUCCUUCGUGGGAAGGGCUCGGGGUGCAUCGAGCCAGCCUCAGGCAGAGAAGCCUUUGAACCCAUGUACAUCUACAUCAGUCACCCAAAGCCAGAAGGUUUGGCAGCUGCUAAAAAGCUCUGUGAGAACCUGUUGCAAACAAGUCCUCUGAGUGCUCCUUUCCUGCCUGCUGCCCCAGUAAAGCCCAGCCUGCCCACUGGAGCCCAGCCCCAGGUGCAGCCCCAGGGCCAGAAGAGACGCUUCACGGAGGAGCUGCCUGACGAGAGAGAGUCAGGACUGCUGGGAUACCAGCAUGGACCCAUUCAUAUGACUAAUUUAGGUACAGGCUUCUCCAGUCAGAGCGACAUCCAGGGAGCCGCGGCGAAGGCAGCGAGUUCCUCAGGAAAGGAGAGAGAGAGGGACAGGCAGUUGAUGCCUCCACCAGCUUUUCCUGUCACUGGCAUGAAAUCAGAAUCGGAAGAAAGAAAAGGUGCGGGGUCUUUGCCAGGCAGCCAUGAUCAUCAAGCCAAGAAGAUGAAAACUGCAGAGAAGGGCUUUGGAUUAGUGGCUUACGCUGGAGAUUCUUCAGAUGAAGAGGAGGAACACGGUGGCCAUAAAAAUGCAAGUACUUUUUCACAGGGCUGGAGUUUGGGGUACCAGUACCCAUCCUCUCAACAGCGAGCUAAACAGCAGAUGCCUUUCUGGAUGGCACCAUGAAAAACCUGCACAAAAGUUCCCACCCAUCUGGUUUUUCCCCCCUCUAGCAAUAAUGCAUGUAUAUUCCAGAACGAACUUGGCAAAGAGGAGUUGUUUUUACAUUUGCAGAAGCCAAUUUUUCCCCUUGGAAGGGCUCUGUUGUUUUUUAAAAAUCCUCACUCUGGCAGCGUAUUUGUCCGUUUUUAAAAAGGAGUGUUUGGAGCAGCUGCUGGUCCCUUGUGCAAGGGGGAAGUGCUGUCAAGAGGAGCCAGGGAAGCCUCUUGGGCCAUAUUUUCCAUUUCUCCCAGAUAACAUAAAGGGAAGAGUCAGUGACACUGACUUCACUCCGCAUUUGCAUUUUUGGGGUGCUCCUGCUGUCAGCCCCAGUGAUCUGCUGGUGACUCAGCCUCAGUUUUGGGCUUUGACCAGAGGAAGGAACAUCCAGCAGCCAUGACAAACUUGAGCAUCACGUUUGGAAAGCUUGGUUUUAUUUCCAACGUCUGUCACUGGGCUUGGUUUGAUUCUGAGGUGUGAUUUUACCAGUGCCACGAGUUCCCAUUCUGGCCAGAUGUUGGGCUGGCUGCAUUCUCUGCAGAUGUUUUGGCACUGCAGCCCAAGUGCUGAACUGUUUUCCAUCUCCCAGAACUCGGAAUCAGCAGCAAUUCCUUUUCCAGAGGCUCACCCCCAUCUCUUCCCUCACUCGUGGAUCCCACCAGAGCCAGAAGCUUCCACGGUGGUUUCCCCCAGGAAACCUCACCUGCAGAACCUGGGAAUGAGUUUUUGGGCUGCUUUUGGACUGUUUUGGACACAAACUGCUCCGGGGGCUGGUUCAGCCAGAGGCAGUGACACAGGGACAGGUUUUGGGACAGGAGAUUUUCUUUUGAGAAGGGGCUGUGUCCCUGCUGUCCUCAGCUCUGCAAACUCUGCUUCCCCACGUGCUGUAAAUAAUUGGAACCAUCCUUUCAUUAUAAAUAAAUGUAUAAAUAUU